AUGCACAAGAGACUUUCAUGGACAACUCUACAGGGAUGCUUUGCCAUCCUAAUGGCCUGUUGUGGUUUGGCCCCAUUGGGACAUCUCACCACCUUGGCCAAUGUGAUGCCCUACCUCGCCUCCUACAUGCACAUGUACACCGAUGUCAGCGUUGACUACAGUCUGGCCAUUUGGCUCUCCUGCUGUCUCCAUGCCAUUCAGGGCAUCGCCACUCCCACCACUGCUGUCCUCAUCUCACGAGUGGGCUACAGACCGUUGCUUCUAUUUUCGUGGAUUGUUCACAGGUACGUCAACUUGUGUAUAGGGCAUUCAGGGAGGGUGGGGGAGAGGAGGGGGAAGGUGCGAUUUUAUGCCUUCUGCUAUCCCCUUUUGUAUGUUUUUAUAUCAGAGUCUUAUUCUUGA